CACAACAAACCAGUAUCACCAUCAGUCCAAUGUCAGUAAAAAAAGGUCAAAAAGUGAUAAUAACCUGUGAAUCAGAUGGUUAUCCUGAACCAACCUACACUAUUUAUCAUAAUGGUGCAGUUAUCAGUUAUAAAAAGACAUACAUCAUUCAAUCUGUCAACUUCAAUCACGCUGGUUCAUAUCGUUGUGAAGCAAGAAAUAAACUGGGAAAUGAUUUUUCUGAUGUUAAAAAUCUUACUAUCAUCAAAGACAACGUUCUUUGUGAUGACCAAAAAGAGAGAAUAAAACAGUGCAAAACAGAAUGGUACAUUAUUUUAAUAACUUUAACAUCUGGAAUUAUCGUUGGAAUUUUGGUUUCUAUUGUUUUUCAAUAUCGCCGACAUUGCUUUUGUAAAAAUUGUCAACAAUUUCAAUCUCCAUCUGAAGUUAGGAAAAAUUCUGUUGAUACAACUUAUCAAGAAUUGGAUUUAUCAAAAAUUAAUAAUAAAGAAGAUAAUUAUCAAUCAUUGAGACCAAAGGAGGACACAAUUGAUAAAACUUAUCAAGAACUGUACAUAUCGAAAAGGAAUAUAGAAAAUGAUAAUUAUGAAUCGUUGCAAAAAAAAUAAUGAAUCGGAGUACGAGAUUAUGAGAAGAAAUUAUGAGAACAGUAAUUUGUUUCAAGAAAAUCAUAAAUUUAUUCUAAACAUGUGUUUAUAAACAUUUUC